CGAGCAACGAUCGAUCUCAAUACAAUUGCUCAAACAAUUUGAAACCGAGUGCCUGAAACAACAACCUUGAUUUUGGUGACGGAAACAUAGGAGCUCAAUCGACCCGUGGACGCAGGGCCAAAAAAAGGAUUCAAAGAGGAGAAAAUUUGUUUCGAUAUCAUAGGGGAGUUCUUUCGGUGGCAGUCUACACAGACGAGAAACCCCCGAUCGGCAGAAAUUAAAUUUUCAUACUUUCUUUCAAAGCCUUAUUGCCGCAAAAAGUCGCAAGGAGAAUCAAAAGGAUUGAAAAAAGUUCGCGUCUGAAUCUCAUCCGGGUUCGAACCUGUCAACUCCGACCAUCCUAUUCAUCGGAAAUUUGCAACAUACUACCAUAUCAGAUUGCAUCCUUGUGCAAUUGCUGCGAUUGAUUUCGAGCUUCGCAUAUCUACACACCAACAUAACUCGAGAACGCGAUGAUGUCGUCUCCUGCUAAUCGUUGCGCCACGUUUCUGUUGCUGGUGUCAGUAAUGGCGAUCAUGCAUACACCCUCGCAGACUUUCUGCACUGCGGGUUGGAUCGAUCCCGAUACGCCUAGUGAUGUUCUGACAACACAACCGUUUACAGCGAUACCCGGAAAGAUUCCAUCCCCCACGAAGGUGACCAAAAAGCUUAGGAAAGGCGAAACAGCGUCUCCAACCGGAAGCACUCCUAGACCCUCGGCAUCGCCAACGCAAGCUCCCUCUUCGUUUCCCACUAGCACGCCAGAUUCUCAUGAGCUAGUCUUUUCGGAAGAAUUCAACGUCCCCGGACGACAUUUUGGAGAUGGAAACGAUCCUCGAUGGACCGCACUGGAGAAGAAUGAUUAUACCAACGAUGCUCUACAUUAUUAUGCCGCCUCGAAUGCUGUCACCGACGAAAAUGGAGAACUAAUAAUUACCACCGAAGCCGUCGAUACGGAUAUAAUAACGCAAGACGACGAUCAUCCAAAGAAGAAGAUUAGAAAAACGAAACAUUUCAAAUCGGCCAUGCUGCAAACCUGGAACAAAUUUUGUUUUACGGGUGGUAUCGUUGAAGCCCAGGUAACGCUGCCGGGCAAAAGCAAUAUUGGUGGAUUGUGGCCGGCCUUUUGGUUGCUGGGAAACUUGGCCCGCCAUACGUACGUCGGUAGUUCCCAGCAUGUUUGGCCUUGGUCUUCAAACCUUUGUACCGAAAAGGCUUUCAGCGCGCAGCACAUUUCGGCCUGUAGUGAAGUGGCGCAUUUCGGAUUGGAAAAAGGAGUCGGACGAGGGUCUCCCGAAAUCGAUAUUUUCGAGGUCCAGCCGGGCAAGAUCAAGGCUAAUACCGGCGUGUUUUUGGAAUCUUCCGUCGGGCAACCUUUCAUGUCGGCAUCUUUUCAGGUGGCACCCGGUAGGCCAGAUCAGAGACCAGGAGGAGGUUAUUGGCCCGGCCCCGGUCAGUGGUACGAUGGUCUCGUUGGUGGGAAAAACACGUCGCUGAAUAUUAAUUUUUACGGAAAUUACAAUCACUUCAAGGAUGAUCCGCAUCCUGAAAAAUCUGAUUAUUGGAGCGACGCUGUCAGUUUCAAUCGGCAACUAGAAGAAAAGCAUUUCAAUAGCUCUCACGUGUACAGACUUGAAUGGGAUGUUCCCACAGAAGACAAAGACGGCUAUCUCCAUUGGUUCCUGGAUGGAGACCUAGUUUUAGCUAUCAACGGCACCGGAAUUAGAGAGGGUGGCACAGGUUCAGAAGUUUCUACGGAACCCAUGUACAUUCUCUUGAAUACUGCUGUAUCUUCCCAGUGGGGUUUCCCGACAAAGUGCCCCGCCAACUGCGAGUGUGAUGAGUUCGACUGCAACUCGAAGGUCUACGCAGAUCGAUGUGGAUUUAGCGAUGGAUUUUGCGACAUGAUGACAAAAGGAAAGGAGCCACCAAAAUACAAGAUCGACUGGGUUCGAGUUUAUCAAGAUCCUACCAAGAAUGAACAAAAGGUUGGCUGUUCCACACCCGAACGUCCAACACGCCAAUAUAUUGAGGCCCACGAAAAAUUGUAUAAAACAGAUCUAGACGAACAUCCUCUGAAACCCAUUCAAGUUGGGCGGGGUACCUGCAAUCCUUUAGCAACUGAUAUCUCGGCACAGGCAUGUGGUGGCGAAGAGCGAGGUCGUUGCACAAAAGGAAAUGUCUGUGAGUGUAGAGAAGGUUGGGUCGGACCACACUGUUUGGCCGCUGAUGGAUAUGAUGAUAUUGACUGGGAUCCACCAGACAAGCUGUCCGAUGUUGGGUUCGAUCCUCCAAAGUUUGUAUUGAACGGUUUGGCUGUAGGGUUGUCGAUUGUCGCGCUCGGGAUCAUGGUUUCUGCAAUAUUCAGACGCCAGCUCCUCGAGGGCUGGACUCCUAUUCCAGAAGUAGAAGUGAAGUAUUUAUCGCGUCAAUCCAACAAGCCGUGAUGAAAUAAUAAUUUAUUAAUAUUGUAGCCGUCAUAAGAUUUAUAAGCGGUACAAGUUUCUAUAUUCCACGUGUUCUGUCGAAGGUUGAAAACUAUUAUCUUUAUGCUCUUUCAAUACUACCAGUAGAAUAGUGCCGAGAGAAUUUUCAUGUUUCUUGUGUGAAUAUUGAGUGUGGUCUAUGGUUAUUGCAUCGUACAAAAUUACGAUUGUAGUGCUGCAAAACGUGAUUAAAGUUCACCUACAAUUUUGUUGCCACCGGCACCAGCACCGCCACCGCCAAGCAUUCCAAGUCCUUCCUUCACAGUUUUUCUCCACUUAAUCGGAUCACUCAAAACAUCUUCUAGCUCGGACGUGUCGAAAGAUCCCAGCAAUUGCUGCAUCAUGGGAUCGGCGGCGCCUUCUCCAAUGAACAUUUGUCGCACGCUUUCGAUAUCUUCGUCACUCAGUUCUUUGAGAAGGUCUCCCAUCAUGUCAUUGAGUGCGUCAGGGUUGUUGUACAUUUGCUGCGCCGCUUUCAUUCCUUCUGCUGCCUGUGCCAUCAUCUCUGGGUCCGCAAACAGUUUUUGCAUUUGAUCCAUGCUUUCCUUCAUUUUCUGUUCAAAGUAUUCGGGAUCCGCCUUGAACUUUGCGAGUUCUUCGGGGGUAACCGCGCCACUCUGUUCCAACGACUGGAGAAUUUCGUCCUGGUGCCCCAUCAUGUUUGCCAACAUGUCAUCUCCUCCAAACAUCUCCAUGGCUUCCUGCAUCUGAGCGGCCAAAUCCUCUGGGGACAUUUCUGCCAUCAUUUUCAUAACUUCGUCCAAUUCUGGCAAGUCUCCCAUGUCUUCUGGGUUCAGACCCAUGGCCUUCAUAAUGUCGGCCAUGUCGCCUCCGGCGGCAGCGCCACCCUUUUUGGCCUGUUCAUUGAGC